GUACCGCGGCAGAGCGGCGAGGAGCGGCAGGAACGGCGCGGAGGGAUGCGGCCAUGCAGCCGCAGACGGCCUCCCCUAGUCCCGCCGCCCCGGCGAGCGUUGAGCUGCUGCGGUGGCAGUGGCAGGAAGUGCAGGCGCCCUGCCUGGUGGCCGCCUGGAUCCUAGUGGCCAGCCUAGCCAAGAUCGUUUUCCACCUGUCAAGGAAGGUGACGUCCAUCGUGCCGGAGAGCUGCCUCCUCAUCCUGCUGGGGCUGGGCCUGGGGGGCAUUGUGUUGGCUGUGGCAAAGAAAGCUGAGUACCAGCUGGAGCCCAACAUGUUCUUCCUCUUCCUUCUGCCCCCCAUCGUGCUUGACUCAGGCUACUUCAUGCCCAGCCGACUGUUCUUCGACAACAUCGGUGCCAUCCUCACCUACGCGGUGGUGGGGACCCUCUGGAACUCCUUCACCACUGGCACUGCACUCUGGGGGCUGCAUCGGGCCGGGGUUAUGGAUCCAGGUGUUGAAGCUGGGUUGAUGGAUUUCCUGCUCUUUGGCAGCCUCAUCUCAGCUGUGGACCCUGUGGCAGUGCUGGCUGUCUUUGAAGAGGUCCAUGUAAAUGAGACCCUCUUCAUCAUCGUGUUUGGCGAGUCUCUCCUGAAUGAUGCUGUCACUGUGGUGCUGUACAAGGUCUUCAACUCUUUUGUGGAGCUGGGCCCAGAGCAUAUCCGUGCCACAGACUACGUGAAGGGGGUAGCUUCCUUCUUCCUGGUGAGCCUGGGGGGCACGGCUGUGGGGCUGCUCUUUGCCUUCCUCCUGGCCCUGAUCACACGGUUCACCAAGCACGUGCGCAUCAUCGAGCCACUCUUCGUUUUCCUCCUGGCCUAUGUUGCAUACCUUGUUGCUGAGAUGGUCUCACUCUCCUCCAUCCUGGCAGUCACCUUCUGUGGGAUCUGCUGCAAGAAGUAUGUAGAAGCCAAUAUCUCCCAGAAGUCCCGCACCACAGUCAAGUACACCAUGAAGACACUGGCCAGCAGCUCAGAAACCAUCAUCUUCAUGUUUCUGGGCAUCUCGGCAGUGGACACCUCCAAAUGGGCAUGGGACACAGCACUGGUGCUGGGCACCCUGUUCUAUAUCCUGCUCUUCAGAGCUGUGGGUGUUGUCCUGCAGACCUGUGUGCUCAACCGCUUCCGCCUCAUUCCUCUGGACAGGAUAGACCAAGUGGUCAUGUCAUAUGGUGGCCUCCGCGGGGCCGUGGCCUUUGCCCUGGUCAUCCUGCUGGACAGGACAAAGGUGAAAGCCAAGGACUAUUUUGUGGCAACGACCAUUGUGGUGGUGUUCUUCACUGUCAUUGUGCAGGGCCUCACCAUCAAACCCCUGGUGACGUGGCUGAAGGUGAAGCGCAGUGACCACCACAAGCCCACGCUGAAUGAGGAGCUGCAUGAGCACGCCUUUGACCACAUCAUGGCAGCAGUGGAGGAUAUUGUGGGGCACCAUGGCUACCAUUACUGGCGGGACAAGUGGGAACAGUUUGACAAGAAGUACCUGAGCCAGCUCCUGAUGCGGAAAUCUGCCUACAGGCUGCGGGAUGAGAUCUGGGAUGUUUACUACAAGCUAAACAUCCGUGAUGCUAUCAGCUUUGUUGACCAGGGUGGACAUGCAUUCUCUGCUGCCAAGCUGGCACUGCCCUCAAUGCCCAGCCGCACGUCCAUUUCGGAGUCAUCAGUCACAAACCUCCUGAGGGAGAGUGGGAGUGGUGCGUGCCUGGACAUGCAGGUGAUUGACACUGUGCGGAGCCGGCGGGACAAGGAGGAUGCUGCCAUGCACCACGUGCUGCGAGGGAACCUGUACAAGCCACGCCGGCGGUACAAGGCCAGCUACAGCCGUCACUUCAUCUCUCCAGAUAAACAAGAGCGCCAAGACAAAGAAAUCUUCCGUCAGAACAUGAGGAGGCGCCUGGAGACCUUCAAGUCCACAAAGCACAACAUCUGCUUCUCCAAGAGUAAGGCCAGGCUGAAGGAAAAGGGCAGGAAAAAGAAGAACAUCUCUGUGACGAGAGAGGCUCCCAAUGACAAGAUGCACAGAAAUGUCCCCUGGCAGGAUGCUGGUGAGGCGGGUGGCAGGCAAGCUCCUGUCCUGGUGAUGAUCAGCUCCGAGGAGGAGGAGAGCGAUGGCUCAGAGACGGAGAGAGAAGAUGAUGAAGGGAUUGUGUUCAUUGCUCGAGCCACCGAUGAUGUCCUGCAGGGAAAGACAGCUUCUGAGCCUGAGGAGGAACCAAGAGCUGUGCAAAAUCUCACUGUCACUCCUUCUGCACCCCCAGACAGCCUGUAUGUCUGCCCCAGCCCCUGCAUCAUCCCUCCGUCACCCACCUUGGCAGAGAAGGAGCUGCCAUGGAAAGGAGACCAGGCUGGUCUGGCUGUUUACAUCUCCUCGGAGACCACCAAAAUCGUGCCAGUGGAUAUGCAGAAGGCGUGGAACCAAAGCAUCUCCUCCCUGGAGAGCAUUGCUUCCCCGCCAGGCAUCGAGAGUGGACCUCAGCACAAGAGGUUUGCCUGCCCUGUUCUGGAGGAGCAACUCCAGUCUGCGAGCCAAGUCAUGCUGGAGCAGAGCUCCUGCUUCCAGUUCCCCAGCCAUGUCUCUAAGAAUGGGCGGUCACAGAGUGACAGCAACCCCAGUGGUGCAGAGCAGCAGGAAAUGCAGCCUUUUAUGGCCACAGAGAAGCAGGGCAGGGUGCUGCCAACCACGGAGCCCAGGGGGCUGAUGCUCAACUGAGUGAGCCACCUCUGAGGGCACACUGUGGAUGGUGAAAGGAAUGAGGGCUGUGGCCAUUCUGCUGUCUUGAGUUGUAAAGCUUGUGUAUCUCCAUAAACCAGGAGUGGCAGAAGAAUCCACUACUCCUCCCAGAGCUGCACUGCAGGGUGGGCUUUGCCUAUGCACUUACUGAUACAAACUAGUCGAUAACUGGGAUUUCUGCUGCAACAGCAGGUACCAGCCUCCAUUCACCCAGACCCCAAACCUCAUUUUUCCUCUCAGGAUAUGUAUCUCUGCAGCUGGGAGGGCAGAGAUGUUCCUCCCAGGGCUGGGAUCCCAAGGGGACUCUAUCCUGUAGUGGCUGUGCUGCCCUGGGGUGUGUGGGUGCUGGUUAAUGGGUUGCGGCUGCUCACGGGUGUAGAAGCAUGGUGGAGCUGAUUUCCAACCUGCUGUGAGUAGACCUCUGGGGAGAGCCCUGGGAGCUGUGCUGGUACGUGCAGCCCAUUCACACCCAGUGGUGGGCUGUUGACUUUAAAGUGGCUACAGUGCUGGCUCCUCACAGCAUGCAUGGAUGCACCUGGAAGGUCAGAGAUGGGCUUCUUGCCAUGGCAGCUCUGCGUUCCUGGGUUAUGGAGGUAUCACAGAGGCAAGGACAUGACCUUCUCAGGACUGGGUGCAGCUCUUCUGGGCUCUGCCUCCACGAGGAGCUCGACUAGUGAACCUGUAUGCUAGGGCCCCUCCAGCAGCCAACCUGCUGUGCCAGCCUCAUGCCUGUGGCCUGGAUGUGUUCCCAAAAAUGCCAUGUUCAGCUUUCAGACUGGUAGGGGGCAGCUGCCCUGUAUAGCAACCUUGGUAUUCAUCCUGCCCACAUCCCAGUCUCUCCAGUUGCCUGGGGCUCAUCAGCUGGUAGAGCUGGUCAUGGGGCAAGGAUUGAAGAAGCAGCAGAUAUGAAUGUACAUCAGCAACAGGGGUGAUAGGUGAGAACCAAGUGCAUCUUCAAGGUCUGUUGCCACCACCUCCCAGCCACCCUUGGGCCCUCCUGAGAGGCUGGUAAGAUACGGUGGCAACAGCCCUGGUGUCACCCCAAAGACCAAGAAUUGCUCCCCAAAAGCUGCUCUGCAUGCAAAAGCUCAGCACAGAAGCUGGGUACUGGCUCCUCUGAAGGAAGAAUGGGGAUUUGGGCUGGUAAUGCCCCAGAGCAGGUAAAUAACUGCCUGUUCCAGCUACAGGGGUGUGCUGGGACAGCAGGUGACACUUGGGGAUACUUGGAUGUACUGGGUGAGUGAGCCCAGUGUGGAGCAGGCAAGCUGGUGGUACCCCCUGGUGCUGUCAGCAAGGCUCAACAAAGGCUAUUAUUGUGCUUGGUACCUGUUCCACUGGAUGAGCAUGAAGUUUUUAAAAGGUUUUUAUAUAGUUUUGCAUUUCUGGUAUGCCUUAUUCUGGUUUUGAUUGCUGAUAUUGGGCCAUACUAAAUCCCUAGCUGAGUCAGUGUUUUCUGUAGCCAUGGGCACCCUGGAUGACUCAAGACUUAAUCUCUUAUUUGCAAGAAUAUUGUUUUAAUGUGAAAAUAUAUGCAGAGUAUUUUGUAAUGUUCAAUAAAGCUGAGUUGGAGCAGA